AUGUGGGCGCUUCUGUUUGCAAUAUUUCCUUCUGUACUAGCAGACUGCCCUAUAGGCACAACUUAUCAUCCGGAAUUCAAUAGAUGCUAUUUGUUCGUGUCAGAAGCUCAGCCAUUCGGACUUGCUGAAGAUGCUUGUGCCGCAAACAAAGGGCAUAUCGUAUCAGUCUCAAAUGGAUUUGAGAAUGCAAUGUUAGCUGAAUCGGCUUCUGCGCAGAACAUAAAAACAGCGUACUUCAUUGGAGCGAAUAGGCUACAAGGGAAUUGGAGCAAUUCUGAUGGUUCUCCACUGUUCUACACAAAUUGGGCACAAGGCCAGCCCUCCACGACAGCCACGUGCGCAGUUGCCUCCGCUCCUGAUGGUAUGUGGACUUCAACUUCUUGCUCAACAGCGUAUCCUUUUAUCUGCGCAAUAGCCGAGAAUGCCCAUCCAUCUGUCACUUGUCCCACAUGUCCCACUCCUACAUGUCCAACUCCUCCACGUCAGCCAGGACAUUGCGAAUCCGGGUGGGCGUAUUUUGAUAAAACAGAUUCGUGUUAUAGGCGAUUCGUGUGGGCAAACUUCGAAAAUGCUGAGGAGGUUUGCGUUUCAAACGGUGGUCAUCUUGCCUCUAUACACAGUGCGGAAGAAAACACUUUCGUAAAUGAUAUAUCUGAAUCCGGAAUGGACUACAGCGAUGACGGUUCUCUCACAUGGAUAGGCCUCACCCAGGCAAAUUACCCAAGCAGCACAGUAUGGACGUGGACUGACGGAACUCCGUUUGACUACAAAAACUGGGCCCCAGGAGAGCCAAAUAAUUCGAAAGGUGUCGAACAUUGUGUUCAGAUACAAAGUGAUUAUGUGGGGAAAGAUCCUUCGAAAGAUACGAGCUAUCGACGUUGGAAUGAUAUGGCGUGCAGUACCAAUAUGAGAUCAUAUGUCUGCAAAAAGGGGGCUUUACAUUGA